AUAGCUUCAAGGUCACGACCUUAGUGGUGGUGCGCAAUCCUAUUUCUGCGCCUACUUUUCGGCAUGACGAGAUUGUUCCUUCUUUUGGUGGUUGUCCAGCUUUGGAUUCAUACAUCUGCUCAUAGUCAUGAACCACCGCAUUACAAAUAUUCUAGGGAGGCCAAUGCUGCGCCCAAGGAAAAUCAUGUUCAUGAACCACGGAAAGAUUCCCCUAAACAACUAUGGAUUGAAGUCAUUGGAGCUGUGCUACUCAUCAGUGUUGCUCCAUUUAUUAUAUUAUGCCUGAUACCAGAUUUAAAUAAACAUCGUGGCUUUCUCAAGAUUCUCCUUGCCUUUGCAGCUGGUGGUUUGCUGGGAGAUGCAUUUCUUCACCUAAUUCCACAUGCACUUGAUAGUGGACACUCUGAUCAUGACGAUAAGCAUACUCAAGAACAUGACCAUGGACACGAGCACGUACACGAGCACAAGCGUCACUCACCAGUUGGACUUUAUGUCGUCGGUGGAAUUUUUGCAUUCUUGUGCGUUGAAAAAUGUAUCCGACUUUUUAGAAACGAUCCUUGUGGAGGGCACACUCACCAAGUGGUAUCUAACGCGGAAGGUGAUAGUAAAGGGAAAAAUAAGAAAAAAGGUUCGAACGAAGAUGUAAAAAGUGGCGCUAAAACAAAAUCUUCUGACUUCAAAGUUACUGGAUACCUUAACUUGGCAGCAGAUUUUACACAUAAUUUUACUGAUGGGUUAGCUAUUGGUGGAUCAUUUCUAGUCAGUAGGAACGUGGGUUUCCUGACUACGUUUACAGUACUAUUACAUGAACUACCGCAUGAGAUUGGAGACUAUGCAAUACUUAUCCAAUCAGGAUUUUCUUCGCGCAAAGCUAUGCUUCUGCAGUUGGUCACUGCGAUCGGUGCCCUUUUAGGAGCCUCUGUUAGCUUGCUUGCCGCUCGCGUCGGUUUCGGUUCUGUAAUUCCUGAUGCCGAUUUACUACCAGACAUAACGGACGAUAUUGUUAUUAGUCGCAUCUUACCAUUUACUGCCGGUGGUUUUAUCUACAUUGCUAUGACUUCCGUAUUGCCCGACCUACUUACAGCUAAUAGUGGUAGCAGUGGAACAACAAAAUCAUCGAGUGGUGGAUUCAAGUUAUUUGUUCAAAGUCUUCUUGAAAUAAUCUCUUUGAUUGGAGGUGUUGCAAUGAUGGCUGCUAUUGGAACCCUUGAGUAGUGUGACGGAAAACAGCGUGAUAAGACAUGUAGUUUUAUUGUAGUUCCCUGUUUUUGCACUGGUACUUCCCACUGCAUUCUAGUCUUAUUUUGUAUCGAUACGUUUGUUGAUAUAAUGCCUACUUUUCUGUUGAGAAAUGAAUUUGAAAAAAGCAUUUCCCUCAAGAUCAAAAAGUUUAUUAUUAAUUGCUAGAGACAACAUAUUGUUACUCUUCAUUCGAAUAUCUUCCCCAAUGUUCUCUCAUAUUUCUAGUUUUUCUGUCCAAAGUGAUUCUGCAAUCAUUGAUUAAAUAUAUAUGCAUCUCCAUAUCCGAUAGCGAUAAGCAAGAUAGAAAUUACAGGAAUUUGAAGUUUUGACAACCUCGAAGUUCAAGAAAAAGUUUCGAAUCAUGAUGACAAAACGACAAAGAAACGAGUGAGUGAAAUUAUUGACAUAAAAGAGACAAGUCAACUAUACAUUCGCAAAUUCGUUCACUGGUCCCCGUGGGUUGAACACUGCGGAGUAUUCGUAUAACUAUGAAAUCAUGGACAAUGAAACUUAUGUAUAUUUAUUUGCAUACAUAAAUUUCCAAGCUUCCCCUAAGUUUCAUUUGUCCAUGAUUUCAUAGUUAUACGAAUACUCCGCAGUCUUCAACUCACGGGAACCACUGAAUGAAUUUGCGAAUGUAUAGUUGACUUGUCACUUUUAUGUCAAUAAUUUCACUCACUCGUUUUGUCAUUAUAAUUCGAAACUUUUUCUUGAACUUUGAGGUUUUCAAAACUUGCGAGCCAACCAAAACUCCGAAUUUCUAUAAUUUUGGUCAUGCUUAUCGCUAUCUGAUAUGGAGAUGCAUAAUAUUUACUCACUAAUUGUAGUAGAAGUUUAUCGCUUCAACAAAACUGUACAUCGAUCAUUUUGUUCUUUUUUGUGUUGGCUUUUUUACUGCUUAUGAUUACUAACUAAAUUUUGAUUAUUUGUUCAUUUUUCUCUUUUGCUAAGUAUACAUGGUUGGUAUUUAUUUCAAUAUAAUUUUGUUUAUUUGUUGUCGAAGUCGUAAUAGUAAAUUUCUAUGCAGA